AUGUCACAAGAACAAGAUUCAACAAGAAAAAAACGUUAUCUUCUUCUUCCAUGUUAUCCAACAUCACCAAAUGAUCUUCUAUUAACGAAUGUACCAAUCAAUGAACUCAAUGAAAAACAAUCGAUACAACGUCAACUGUUUGGUUAUUAUCAACCAACAACAUUUGAAAAUGAACAUGAACGAUGGAUCAAUAGUUUAAGUCAAUCUUGGAAUAUUCAUCGAGAUAUAUUAGAAUUUAAUUUAAAAAAAAUGUUAACAUUGCUUGAUACUUUGGCUCAUAAACGAAUGUAUCAUUUUUCUACGCAUCCUCAAGAAGAAUAUUUUCAUGUAGAUGAAUAUACAACUGCCUUGGAAUUUUAUCUUCAAAUGGAUUAUGAUCUCUUCUAUAUGAAAACAUGUUCCUAUCGUGGUGCACAACCUAUUAUCAAUGAACCUCAAAGUAUAUUUUCAACAAAUCAACGACCACCUUAUGGUCGUUAUACAAUGGAAGCAUGUCAUCAAAAAUCUUGUUGUUUAUGUUAUCCAUCUCCACAUAUAGAAUCUAAAUCAACUAUACAACAUAUUUUUGUCAAUGGUUAUCGAUCAAUUUUAAAUUGUCCAACAACAUGUACAACUCGAAAUAUUAUCUAUGUUCUUACAUGUCCAUGUAAACAAUUUGAUUAUAUUGGUGAAACAAGUGUAUCUUUACCACAACGUCUCACAUAUCAUCGAAAACAUGGCAAUCGUAUUAUAAAAGAAUUUCUUCUUGGAAAAAAAUUAACAAAUUAUAUUAAUGAAGAUGCAAUAAAAUCUUAUGAAACAUUGGUUAAAGAUGGUAUGCUCUUAUAUCAACAUUUAUGUCGUUGUUCAGUAGCAAUGCAAUAUUUCUUGGAUGAAAAUCCUGAUUAUUGGUUAUUUAUUCCACAACGUCUUACAGAUAAUGAAGAACAACAACAAGAACGAGAAAUUACAUUCGAUGAUGAUCAUCAUUAUCCAUAUCAAUUUGCUAAUGAUAUACCUGUACCAUCAAAUAGAAAUUAUCAUUUUACUAUUCAACAAAAAUUAGAUAUCGAAAAAUUUUUUCAACAAAAGAAAUAUCUUCAUUCAUUAAAUAAUCAUUUUGAUUUAUAUGAAGCUCAAAUUAUUGCUGUCUUACCAGAUAAUACAUCAAAUGCAUUACGACGAUUUAUUGAAAGUCUCUUCAUAACACAUGCUGAAACAAAAUCAAAUACUUUUGGUCAUUUAGAUGCUGAUAAUUCAUCGAUUCAUGUUGAAUCAACAGAUGAAUUAUGUUAUGAAAAUCUUAUUCGUCCAUUGAAUUAG